AUGUUUGCAACAGGUGCGCAAAAAUUCGAAGACCCAGGUCAAUUGAAUGACGAUAACUACUUUUUAGAUAAAAGACAUAGAGAAAGAAAAGAAAAAGAACCUGAUCUUUUUACCGGAGAAAACGUGGAAUGGACAGAUUAUAGCUGCCAUUUUGAACAAGUGUCACUCUGGAACAAAUGGUCAGAAAGUGAAAAAGCGGCACAACUCGCAAUGAGUUUACGAGGUGCUGCUCAGCGAAUUCUCGGUGAUCUGACUCGUGAUCAAUUAACAAAUGAUGAAUCUCUAAAAUCAGUUCUAACGCAAAGAAUCAAUCCGUCAGAGCGCGAGACCGCUUUCCGCUGCGAGUUCCGGAACCGGAAACGACUGUCAGGAGAGACAGCAGCUGACUAUGGGUAUUCCUUAAAAAGACUAGCUACUCGCACAUUUCCGACAGUACCUGUUCCACUUAGUGAAAGUAUUGUUGUUGAACAGUACAUUAACGGACUAGGUACACAAGAGAUAAGAAGACAUGUACAAUUUGCACACCCUACUACCUUAGACAGGGCUAUAUCUCUUGCCCUGGAAUUCGAGGCAUUUGAAGGAGUUCAAAAUAAUACUCCUCAUAAACCAAAAGGUACGGAAAUUCAGUCUGUCCGAGCAUUGAAAGCAACAGACGAGUCUAAUAAUCUUGAAAAUAAAAGACUUUCAGAAUUAGAAAAAUCGCUCGCUCUGAUGCAAAAAUCUAUUAAAAAAUUAACAGAAAGAGACAACCAAAAUGGCAGAAUAAUUUCUCGCCGUACACAAGAUGAAACUCGAAAGAAAAUUGUCAAAUGCUACAACUGCAACCAAACAGGGCACAUUAGUAAAUUUUGCCCAAAGUCACAAACACCAAUACUUGCAUCAAGUCCAAGGAAGGUUACAUUUUCGGAUUCUGUCUUAAAAUCUGGUGAUUUAAGCCAAAUGGGGUUGAGAUCGGGGCCAAAAGCCCAGCCCACAACGAUGUAA